CGGUCGGAGUGACAAAGAGAACGAGCACAGUCCGACGGAGAAGGCAUAAAAAAAAGGAAAUUUCUGAAUUGCCUUUGGGAUUCUAAUCACCUUUUCCGUUCGGAACCGCACCAUUGGCUAGUUUCGCGAAGCUAACCGUGUGUACAUUGGAUUUCUUAUUCCGUGAUCUGUGUGCAUGGAGUUAAGUGCAUCGGAGGAUAUCAGUUUUUAAAUUGGGCAAUUGGAAAAUUCUCAUUCGUCUCGUUGGUUCGAGCAAGGAAGCCGCCAUGGCUGGUGCUAUUGGAUCGUUGAGUAUCCACUUAAGUAUAUGAAAAAUACUGUAUGGUUGUGAUUAAAAACCACCCUGGUUUCUCAGCGGUUUGAUGGUAUAUUAGUCACCGACUGUGUUCAUUGUGUAAAUCUCUGUUUCGGACAGAGAGAAAGAGAGAGAAACGAGGAUCGGGGUUUUGUUCGAGGGAAACUGGGAAAAGGCCAAUUUCAUGACCACUUUGAUUGACCAAAUGUAUUUAAGAUUUACUCACUGAAAAUAAUACGAAUAGUCGUAGAAAAACGACCGAGAGGAAAAUGAUCUGAAAGCGAGACUGUCGGUGGACAGUAGAAGGUUGAGAACUUACUGACGAAAACGACCGAGAAGGGAUCCGGACAGCCCAGUUGCUUUCCCACAUUUUCCUCAUUAUUUCAGUCAGAGAUAAACUGGUUUCCGGUGGGUCGAAACGGGUUCGUUCACAAGGCAAAUAAACGCAUUUUACUUUGAGAGACGCGUGGGAAAUCGGAUUGGAAAAUGUCCGGUCGGCCUAGAACCACCUCGUUCGCAGAAAGCUGCAAGCCAGUGCCGCAGCCGUCGGCUUUUGGCAGCAUGAAAGUCAGCAGAGAUAAAGAUGGCAGUAAAGUGACCACAGUUGUGGCGACCCCUGGACAAGGACCAGACCGGCCGCAGGAGGUCAGCUACACUGACACCAAAGUCAUCGGCAAUGGCUCUUUUGGCGUGGUAUAUCAGGCCAAGCUCUGUGACUCAGGAGAACUGGUGGCCAUUAAGAAGGUCCUCCAGGACAAGCGAUUUAAGAACCGUGAGCUUCAGAUCAUGAGAAAACUGGACCAUUGCAACAUUGUGCGUCUGCGUUACUUCUUCUAUUCAAGUGGAGAUAAGAAAGAUGAGGUGUAUCUGAAUUUGGUUCUGGACUAUGUUCCUGAGACUGUGUACAGAGUGGCGAGACACUACAGCCGUGCUAAGCAGACCCUUCCCAUGGUUUAUGUGAAGUUGUACAUGUACCAGCUCUUCAGGAGUCUGGCCUACAUCCAUUCCUUUGGGAUUUGCCAUCGGGACAUUAAACCUCAGAACCUUUUGUUGGACCCAGAGACGGCUGUGCUCAAGCUCUGUGACUUUGGCAGUGCUAAGCAGUUAGUACGUGGAGAGCCUAAUGUUUCCUACAUAUGCUCACGGUACUACAGAGCCCCUGAACUUAUUUUUGGAGCGACCGACUACACUUCCAGCAUAGACGUGUGGUCAGCUGGCUGCGUGCUGGCGGAACUGUUGCUAGGACAACCAAUUUUCCCCGGCGACAGCGGAGUGGAUCAGCUGGUGGAAAUCAUCAAGGUGCUAGGCACUCCCACACGUGAGCAGAUUCGGGAAAUGAACCCAAACUACACGGAGUUCAAAUUUCCACAGAUUAAGGCUCACCCAUGGACUAAGGUGAGUAAACAGGUGUUCCGGCCCCGUACGCCUCCUGAAGCCAUUGCGUUGUGCUCCCGGCUGUUGGAGUACACACCCACUGCUAGACUGACCCCACUAGAGGCCUGCGCUCAUUCCUUUUUUGAUGAACUGCGGGAUCCAAAUGUAAAACUUCCUAAUGGACGUGAGAAACCAUCCCUGUUCAACUUCACAACUCAAGAGCUGUCCAGUAACCCCUCCCUGGCCUCUAUCCUAAUUCCUGCUCAUGCACGUAACCAGACAGGAGCAUCUACUCCCACCAACACCUCUGCCACUUCAGAUGCCAAUAGUGGAGAUCGUGGUCAGACCACAACUGCUGCCUCUGCCUCCGCCUCCAACACCUCCUCCUGAGUGGCCCAGCCAAUCAGACCUGACCCACUCUCCAAGGCCAUGCCCACCCCCACUGCUCACCAGCUUAAUGGGCAGGAUUUGAAUAAUGUAAACGCCACUCUUAUUCAGACUGCAAGAGCCAACCUUCAUUUAUGUCUUUUAUUAUGAAGUUCUGAAAGAGUUCCAAAUUAUACAUGGAAAAGCCUCGUCAAGUGUAACUAGCGGAGUGUGACAGGAAAAGAGAGAGCAGUGAGAAAUUGGGUGGGGGGGUCAAACCAUAAAACCUGGUCUGUGACCAGCUGGAACAUUGUUCAUUCUCAGAGGACAAUCUUGUUAUCUAAGCAAUCUGGUAGCCAGAUCCAUCCACUUCCUUUUCAUUUAUUUGGACUCUCCUUCUCUCAUCUGGACUGUCUUGAUCUACACAUUCUAUCUCUCUAUCCUCCGUUUCAUCUGUUUUGGGGCCUCUCAUAGCGCAUGGCUUGAAUUUGGUUUGGAGCACCCUAUAUACACCCUGUAUACUACAUACUGUAUGUAUGUAGUGUUUAUGUAUAUUUACAAAAUAAUGCCGCCUACAAAACGAGGAAAUAAUGCAACACAAAUCGUAAUACUAUACUAAUUGUAUCUAUUAAACUAUUAAGGCACUUUUACCAUACACAAGAGGUAUAAAAGUAAAUGCUACACAAAAGUGCUUGUUCCAACAAAAAAGCCAACCGAAAAAUACUGCGUGAUGAUUUAAGUGUUUUAAGUGCUUUCAAGCUAUUCUGUUUAAUCCUCUUUUAUUUUGUUUUAUAAUGAAAGGCAGCAUAUGGCAGACAUUUUAUUUGAAAGGUGAGAUGUUUUCAACAUGCCUCUGUCUCUGUGUUCCUGUAUGAUAUAUACAUUCACAGUUUAUAUAUUAUUUGCAUUAUGUAAAAUAUAUACAUAUAUACACUGGCGGCCAAAAGUUUGGAAUAAUGUACAGAUUUUGCUCUUUCGGAAGGAAAUUGGUACUUUAAUUCACCAAAGUGGCAUUCAGCUGAUCACAAAGUAUAUUCAGGUCAUUACUGAUGUAAAAAACAGCACCAUCACUAUUUGAAAAAAGUCAUUUUUGAUCAAAUCUAGACAGGCCCCAUUUCCAGCACCCAUCACUCCAACACCUUAUCUUUGUGUAAUCAUGCUAAAUUGCUAAUUUGGUACUAGAAAAUCACUUGUCAUUAUAUCAAACACAGUUGAAAGCUAUUUGGUUCAUUAAAUGAAGCUUAACAUUGUCUUUGUGUUUGUUUUUGAGUUGUCACAGUAUGCAAUAGACUGGCAUGUCUUAAUAUCAAUAUUAGGACAAAAAUGGCAAAAAAGAAACAGCUUUCUCUAGAAACUCAUCAGUCAAUCAUUGUUUUGAGGAAUGAAGGUUAUACAAUGCUUGAAAUUGCCAAAAGACAAAGGACAACUGGCUCUAACAAGGACCGAAAGAGAUGUUUAAUGCCUGAUGUACAACUAAACAAGAGGACAAGUACAUCAGAGUCUCUAGUUUGAGAAAUAGACGCCUCACAUGUCCUCAGCUGACAGCUUCAUUGAAUUCUACCCGCUCAACACCAGUUUCAUGUACAACAGUAAAGAGAAGACUCGGGGGUGCAGGCCUUAUGGGAAGAAUUGCAAAGAAAAAGCCACUUUUGAAACAGAAAAACAAAAAGAAAUGGUUAGAGUGGGCAAAGAAACACAGACAUUAAACAACAGAUAAUUGGAAAAGAGUGUUAUAGAUCUUAACCCCAUUGAGCAUGUUGUGGGAUCAGCUAGACUGUAAGGUGUGUGAGAAGUGCCCGACAGAACAGCCACAUCUGUGGCAAGUGCUACAGAAAGUGUGGGGUGAAAUGUCACCUGAGUAUCUGGACAAACUGACAGCUAGAAUGCCAAGGAUCUGCACAGCUGUCAUUGCUGCACGUGGAGGAUUUUUUGAUGAGAACUCUUUGAAGUAGUUUAAAAAGUUCUGAAUUUUAUUCUCCAAAUUGUAAUGGUAAUUUUUCAUGUUAUUAAUGUCCUGACUAUACAUUGUGAUCAGUUGAAUGCCACUUUGGUGUAUAAAAGUACCAAUUUCUUUCCAUAAGAGCAAAAUCUGUACAUUAUUCCAACAUAUAUAUAUAUAUAUAUAUAUAGUUAUAGUUAUAUUUAGAUAUAUAUCUAGCAUCAUUCGUUCAGAAUACAUCAUGGUUUUGCAGUGGAGCAGCUAAUUUUGCUGCUGACCAAAAAUAUACAGGAUGUAUAUGAAUAACAACUUGGACACACUCUACUGGAGCAGUUUUCUACAAAAACGCAACCCUCUUUCAUGCUGUUUUCUGUUCACCCCCCUAAGAAAUAUAGAUUGCCUUCCUGUCCUAAACGUCUCCCCUCUUUUGUUAUUUAUUGUUGCAUGUGCGUUGAUAUCGUAAUAUUCAAAAAGUCAUGUUAGGCAUUGUUCUUAUUCACACAGCUUAACAAAAAGAAUGAAGAAAUAUUCAUAAAAGCAUCAAUAUUCGUUUGUAAACAGAAGUGGCAGAGAAAUUAUUCAAUUUCAUGUUCUGGUUGGCAGAGAAAACUCACGAACUAUGUUUUUUUUGUUUUUAUUUUUUUAAGCCUGUGCUCCAUUUGCAAUGUUAAACUGUAGUGGCUGUGUUGUUAUAACCACUACUUGAGCAUUUCUUUCUUUAUCUUGUCUCAACCUGCAUAUGGAAGAAAUGUACUUUUAUUUCUCAAAACGUCUUAAUACGCAAAGUAUAACAGUAACAAAAAAAAAAACAAAAAAAAUACAAACAAAAAACCGUGUAUAUAAAGUACAGCACAGUUGCUCUUCACCAAAUUCUGUACUUUUUAUUUUUUGUUAGGUUUUUUGUAUUAUUUUUUUGAACGUGCGUGUGAAUGUGUGUAUGCGUGUGUUCUGCUAUAUAAAUAUGCUGACCUGAGAACUGUUAAUGAAUGAAAACAAAGAUGAGGGAUUAAAUAAAAAAUAAAUAAAUAAAAAAAAGGAUAAAAAAAAAAAAAAAACAUUUAAAAGAUCAGGGCAAAAAUUAACUGUUUGUUGGAUACUGUAGACAAGGAGCUUUCUCCAGCCAUAUAGUUCAAUCUUAUCUGUACAGUAGGUGCCAGCUAUAUUAUUGUAUCUAUAACUAGUAAUGUAUAGUGUAUCUAUAGUUUGGAGUGCCUUUGCUUCCAUACACUUCCUGUCCCUAGACCACACCCCUUCCUUGCAUCACACAAGACAGACCACAUCCUUUCCCUUCCUGUGACCCUCUGCAAGUGCUGUUGAUUAGUCAAGUCUCUUAUGCUGGCAAAAUGACGCUCCUGUCCUUUUAUAGUAGCUACUACCACUUAAUUUCCUUCGAAACCACACUCAUUUCUAGCAUCUCUGUAUAUGUUUUUCCUCAUUUUGUUUUCAAGUAGCGAUCACAAUGUUAAAGUAUUGGCACAAAGAUGUAUUUGUGUGUGGACGAAGUAGAGAUCAGAUACCACUGUCACAAUGUAUGUUUUUACACUUGUUCCACUACCAAAGUGAACCAACUACGAGUGUGUUGUGAUGUACUGUAACUGCGAUAUCCCUGGGGGCAAUAAUGAUUUCUUUUGUGUUUUUGCUUGUUUAUCUCGGCAAUGAACAGUAUGUUGGCCAGCCAGACAGUACGCAGUAGAGAUGUCACAACGUUCCCCUCUCUGUGUAAAGCUUGCUUGUAAGAUAUGCGUUCAUAGAUGUGUUGCUUUCCACGAAUGGUGUGACCACUUCUCGUGACUAAAGUUAAAGUAAAAUAUGUAAAGACACAAGGGUUAAAAAUAAUUACCAAAAUAAAAUAAAAAAAUAAAGACAAAAUAGUUUGAAGGACUGUGGGCUAAAUACAGACUUGUUGGGAAAAAAAGUUGUCUUGGAUUAAAAAAAAAAAAAAAAAGACAAAAAAUACAACCUGUAUACCAUUAAUAUUACUUGAAUGACUCUGUUUGUGACUGAAAUUUUUAUUUUAGUUGAAAUAUAUUCUUUUUCUGUGAAGGUAUGCUAAAUGUCUCCUCUCCUUGUAAAUAUGUCCGUUUUGGUCCUUGGUGUGACUUGGAUUCAGAGACUAGUUACCUGGUACUGUAAUUUGCAUUAAAUAAACAGUAGGAUAGCUUAGAAAUGA